CAACUCUUCAUAUUUCCCCUCUUGUCCUAUUCUUCAUUUCCUGUCAAACUCGUUAUAACUAAUUGACUGCCAUGCCACUCCACCAUGAAAAUAAUCCUCACUUCUUUACACCACAACAGCAGCGUGAAGGCCAACAUCCCCUGACACCACCUACUCCUGCGGGGACCCCACCUGGUCCAGGCCUGCUGUCACAGCCACCGCAGCGUCGGGACCGACAAGAACAGCCACCUAGUCAACGUGUUCCAAAACCUCAACGCCAACCCUCCAAGCCACAAGGACAGGUUGAUGGCCCAUUGCAAGCUCCAUGGAAGCAAUCAGCCCCACGUCAAGAACAACCACCCCAAUCUCAUCCACAAGAUCAACGACAUGAUGGUGAAUACCGUAGUCCCUGGAUGUUCCCACACCAUCCAGAUGAAGACCACCGCAGUCAUGAUCCACUGCGUGAUGGCAAAUACCGUAGUCCUUGGAUUCCUCCACCAUCGCAGAAUCCAGAUGAAGACAUCAAGAUCAGUCCCCCGCAUACUCGUCCACCACAACAAGAUCAGCAAUCCAAGAAGCCCAAAACUACCGGGGUGACACAACCACAGGAUCAAGACCACUACCCCUUCCGUCCCAAUGAUGGUCUCCCACCAGCACAGCAACAGGACCGCUCUCGCCAUCCUCGUGGUUUGAGGACUCCAGCACCCCAGCAAACCAUGCCAAUAACAUGGUUAGGUGCAGCCUUGUGCGCCAUUUUCUGUAUUGUAAUAUUCCUGGGAGGCCUCAUUGUGCUCAUUGUAUAUCUAGUCUAUCGCCCACGUAGCCCUUGGUUCGAGGUGUCUAGUGUCACUUUGAAUGCAGCCUACGUCGAUGCAGGUUCUCUGCUGAAUGCUGAUAUCUCUUUGCUUGUAAACUUCACCAAUCCAAACAAAAAGGUUGGUCUGGAGUUCAGUCACAUGAUCAUUGAUCUAUACUAUGAGAAUACUCUCAUGGCAACCCAAUAUAUCGAAUCUUUCUCAGCACCAAAGGCUCAGUCCAGGUUUGCGAGUGUUCAUAUGAUAACAAGCCAGGUUCGGCUUCCCAUGGGAGACAGCGCACGGCUUCAGGAGCAGAUAAAUAGAAAUGGAAUCAUAUUUGACGUCAAAGGAGUAUUUCGGGUGCGAUCUAAGCUGGGGAAUUUCCUUACAUACUCCUAUCGCCUUUAUGGUCAUUGCACCAUCAUGGUGACAGCUCCUCCUACUGGUGUCCUAACAGCAACCAGAUGCAGAACAAAACGUUGAGUUGUUCUGUCUCCCAUAAGAAUUAAUUUUGCAGUGUCAAUAACGAUUCUUCCUUCUUGCUUAAUAGCAUCUUCUUUUGAGUCUAAUUACAAUGUUUUCAAGGAAAUGCCUCUUCUCCGCUUUGGAUUAUUUCUA